GAGAAAUAUCAAGGGAGCUUGUCCAGCUGACACAAGCUGCUGAAAAAAGAGUAUGUUAGUAUCUUUCCUUCUUGUGCCAUAAAUACCUUCCCCUUCGACAAAUGAGGCUUAAUUUUAGACCUCCACGAAGCCUGAGCAUACUCCUCCUUCCCUCAGCCAGAGUGAAGUCUUCAGAAGCAACGGGUGUUUAUCGUACUUUAAAGACCAUAAUAUUGCUGGUGUUUUUAAUUUAUUUUAAGUAAAAGAAGAAAGGGGUGGAAGCAUGUCUAAUCACAGUGAUUCGGAGUCCUACACGGAUGAAAUUGAUGAGGAUGCGAUCUUGGCCAACCUUUCUCCGGAGGAGCUCAGGCAGCUCCAGAGCGAGAUGGACGUGAUCGCUCCUGAUGAGCAGGUGCCGGUGGGUCAAAGGCAGAAAGACCAGACCGAGAAGUCCCCCACUGGGUCCUUUGACCACAGGUCACUGGUUGACUACUUGUACUGGGAGAAGGAGUCAAAGCGCAUGCUGGAGGAGGAGAGAGUUCCCGCAACCCUGCUACCCAGUGAGAAAAAUAUACCUGAUUACACAGGCCAGAGCAAUGAAGAUGAAAAUGAUUUGGAAAGUGUAUGCAAAAAAACUGAAGAAGUGAAGGAAGAAAAGGAAGGAACACCAACACAAACAGAUCAAAACAAUUCCCUGGAGCAUUCGUCAAACUGCGAGAAAACAUCCUGUGUUACAAAAAUCACAAACAUUCUGCUCCCUCCACCAGAGUUUGCAGAUCCACAGGAAAAGACAGAGGAAACCUCAGAACCAAAGGACAGUGAAGUAGAGGUACCUGAUGAUGCUCAAACAUACCUUGUUCAGAUAAACUCAGAAUCCACAGAGCGAAAGAAUGUCACAACAGAGCAGAAGACAGAGAAAUCCACAGAAGAAACUGAAGGUUCAGAGAAAGAAGAGAAGAAAAUAUCUAGACUGAAGAUUCCAAACAAGCUUGCCCUUGAAGGCAACUUCAUCAAACUGACAGCAAGGCCCUCUGGUAAUGACACUAACCUGGAAAGCACUCUGGACAAGAUCCGCAAAAACAACCCCGAAAUCAAAGAAGUCAACCUGAACAACAUUGAAAACAUUCCCAAAGAAAUGCUGAGGGACUACGUCAACAGCCUGAAGAAGAACAAACAUGUGACAAACUUCAGCAUCGCCAACACAGGAGCAGAUGAGAACAUUGCCUUUGCGCUGGCCAACAUGCUGCGGGAGAACCGUAGCAUCACAACACUGAAUAUUGAGUCAAAUUUCAUUACAGGGAAGGGUAUCAUUGCCAUCAUGCGCUGCCUGCAGUUCAAUGAGACCCUUACAGAAUUGCGCUUCCACAACCAGCGCCACAUGUUGGGCCAUCAUGCCGAGAUGGAGAUAUCCCGCUUGCUCAAGGCCAACCACACGCUGCUGAAGAUGGGCUAUCAUUUUGAGCUGCCAGGCCCCAGGAUGGUGGUGAACAAUCUUCUGACUCGUAACCUGGAUCGCCAGCGGCAGCGGAGGCAUGAGGAGCAGAGGAUGCAGCAGUUGAAGGAGCAAAAAGAGUUGAUGGAAAUGUAUGAGAAUGCUCUCAACCUACCUCCAGGACUGCUGGAGAUGCUGGGGGGUUACCUGCCCCCCAUGGCUCUCGCUGAAGAAGGUCAGCGUGACGUAUCUCCGGAGCCGUCUCCUCCAUCACAGGCCCGACGGCAACUGGAGCCACACCCUCAGCCGCCAAGCUCUGACAGUGGGAAUCCUCUUAAGAACAUCCAGCUGAGAAAGACUCCCAAGCGGCGGGACCCCUUCCUGGAGCUCAAUCCCAGGGAGGAGAAGAGCGAAGAAAGGCCCAGUAUACAGCUGCGGAAAACCCCUAGACGCAAGGAUGCCAGUGUGGAAGCACAAGGUGAUGAAAGAGCCAACCUGAAGGAUGUGAUAAAGACUCUAAAGCCAGUCCCCCGCCAGCGACAGCCUCCCAAGGUUGAACUAACCCCUCGUGACCAGCUUCUAAAUGAAAUCCGCCAGAGCAAUGUGGCCUAUCUCAAAUCGGUACCUCUCCCCAAAGUGCUCGAAUCAAGGGAAACCAGCCUUUUCUGAGACACUGGAGAUGUGUGUAUCUCCUCUGUGCCACACACACAUCUGCUGAGAGCCAUCUACAGCAAAGAUGCACCUGGUCACAUGGAGGUGCUCAACAGCUGCAGCUGGAAAAACCACCAGCCUGAGCCUAUAGAAGACUUGGAAGGAAUAUGUAUCUGAAAAACAACAUGCUGAACCAAUUGUAUAUUGAACUUUCCCUUAUCAAGGGUUGCUCCAGGACAUACACCAAGAAACACAAAACAUGAAAAAGGUCUAAAGUCCUAAUUGAAGUUGUUUGAAAAUUAUGUUGACAUUAGUUUACUUAUAUCUAUUCCUGUUGUGCUUUCACACUCAUAUUUGUGUAAUGAUUUGUUGUUAAAUUAUAUGUCAACACAAAAAUCAACUGUGUCCAUUACUAAUAACCACUUGAUCUCAUGGAGGGCUGCAGUGGUUUGGAGUCUAGCUCACAGUCCUGUCUAGCCCAUAAUUUUUUGAAUUUUAUGUAAAAUAUUGGAAUCUACAAAGACAAACUUGACAUU